UGAUUAUUGACUUUAUUCUUCUAUUCCCACCACCCUCUUUCUCCCACAUCUUUCAUCUGCUUUGAUCAUCCUCUCUCUCUCUCUCUCUCUCUCUCUCUCAGCCAGUCUCCUUUUCUCUUUCCCCCCUUAGUAUUCUCUGUUCCACAGCAUUGUCUCCUUCUCUUCUGUGGUAUCUCCGUCGCUGUGUUGUCCCUCCGUCAUGCUGGAUCACAUGUCUCGGCGUUCCCGCUCUUUCCUCUCCCUGUCUCUGACCUCGAUGGCGCUGGCUCUCUCUGUCCUGGCCUUCUGCACCUCCUACUGGUGCGAGGGGACGCACAAGGUGGUCAAGCCUCUGUGCCUCUCCCCCGUCAAGAUGAAGAACUGCGGGGCCAACAACAGCGAACCGUACACCACCGAGAAGCCCACGCGUGAUCCCAAAAACGAGUCCUUGGAACCCAUCUCAACGCUUUCACCGAAGAGAAUGGAAGAGCUCCUCAAGAUCCGGCAGAGGCAGCUGGCCAACGCGGUCCACUAUAUCUGGGAGACGGGAGAGGACAAAUUCAUGUUUAGAUACUUCCACACGGGCUUCUGGGAGUCCUGCGAGAAACACACUGAUGGAGAACAGUGCCGCAGUUUCAUUGAACUGACUCCAGGAGAGACUCAAGGGGUCCUGUGGCUGUCCGUGGUGUCAGAGAUCAUGUACAUCAGCCUGCUGUCCAUGGGCUUCCUGCUCAUGUGGCUGGAGGUCCUGUGCUCCCGCAGCGAGAUGCACGCGCUCAAGAUCAACGCCUACGCCGCCAUCUGCACGGUUCUGUCCGGACUAAUGGGAAUGGUGGCUCACAUGAUGUACACCACCGUGUUCCAGGUGACUGUGAGCAUGGGACCCAAGGAUUGGAGACCCCAGACUUGGGAUUAUGGGUGGUCGUUUGCGCUGGCCUGGAUCUCCUUCAGCUGCUGCAUGGCCGCAGCUGUCUUCACACUCAACUCCUACACCAAAACCCUCAUCGAGAUCCGGCGCUGGCAGAGACUGCGAACGGAGGAGGCUCGGGCCAACUACGCCCCGUCCUACGACGAGGUGGUCCCAGGGGGCGGAGUCUACUCCAUCAACGGCCUGCUGCCAUGUCAGGACGGACUGAUUGAAACAGUGUGGCCCAGGGAUGGGGUCAGGGAUGGGGAUGGGAUGGGCAGGGGGGUGGGGGUGGAUGUGGGGAUGGCAGAGGCGCCCACGCUGGCGCUGGUUGGGGAGUGCGGGACUGAGGGGUGCGAGGACUGCGAGAGAGAGGACGGGUAUGCGACCUGUGAGAGAGAGGAAGGGUGCGAGGAAUGUGGAAUAUAG